UCCAGUGUUGUCUUAUGGUGGAAUUUUAACCAAACAGUAACUUUUGAACUUAUUAAAAUGACAGCUACAUCUUCUGGUGAUUUUAAAAAGCUGUUCAAGAACUACGCCUUAAACCAUCAUGAAGAGGAAUUGUUAAGGAUUAUGAAAAUCAAAGAUGAUACCCGGCAUGUGUCAGUCACGGUGAAUUUUGUCACAUUAUUCGAGACCAGCACGGAACUUGGGGAUGGAAUUCUAUCCAGACCUUCAACUGUGUUGCCAAUCUGUGACCGAGCGCUCGUCUUAGCUCAAACAGAACUUAGGGAGCGGCAAGAUGACAAAGACUCACUCAUUGUCAAGAGCAAAGUCCACGCCAGGAUGACUGCCCUGCCAGUUUGUCCGGAGCUUCACAGGACAGUGUUCCCCAAAGGGGAGGACGUCGGGUCUUUCCUACGAGUGGUGGGAACUGUCGUCCGCACAGCGGCUCCAAAGAUGCUGGAGUUUCAACGGACUUACAUCUGCGCCAAGUGCAAACAUCAGACUAAUGUUAAGGCAGAUUACGAGAAGUAUUACGUGAUUUCUGCGCCUAGCGGUUGUGGCAACCCUGAAGGCUGCAAGAGUACCACCUUAACAGCAGUGAAAUCCAUGGACCACUUCAGCUACAAAGACUAUCAAGAAAUAAAAAUUCAGGAGCAAGUGGGCAAGCUGGGGAUGGGGACGAUCCCUCGGUCCAUGUGGGUCACGCUGGAGGACGACCUGGUAGACUCUUGCAAACCUGGGGACGAUGUAGUGAUAUGCGGCACAGUGUUGCGACGGUGGAAGCCACUGAACUUCGGAGCACGAUGUGACAUCGAGAUGGUUCUCUCGGCCAAUCAGCUGGAGGUAUGCAACGACCAAAGAUCCAAUGUCCUUAUCACCCAGGACGUGAGAGACGCCUUUGCGGCUUACUGGCAAGACAACUCCCACAGGCCUCUGCAAGCUAGGAAUCUCAUCCUGGCAUCCAUGUGUCCUCAGGUGCAUGGACUGUACCUAGUGAAGCUGUCUGUGGCCCUGGCACUGGCUGGAGGUGUAGGCAGACAGGAGGGAGAGGAGGGCUCUAGACUGAGGGGAGAGUCUCACAUGUUACUAGUGGGAGAUCCUGGUACCGGCAAGUCUCACAUUCUCAAUUUCGCCGCCAGAAUGUGCCCACGUAGUGUGCUCACGACGGGAAUCGGAUCUACUUCCGCAGGUCUCACUGUCACAGCUGUUAGAGAAGAUGGUGAAUGGCAGUUGGAGGCAGGAGCAUUAGUGUUGUCAGAUGGCGGGAUUUGUUGCAUUGAUGAGUUCAACUCUAUCAGAGAACAUGAUCGAACUUCUAUACACGAAGCGAUGGAACAACAAACUAUCAGUGUAGCUAAGGCAGGACUGGUGUGUAAGCUGAACACGAGGUGUACAGUGUUGGCCGCUACUAACCCCAAGGGACAGUAUGACCCGACACAACCUCUGACUGUCAACAUUGCCAUAGCCAGUCCUCUGCUUAGUCGCUUUGACCUGGUGCUUGUACUGCUCGAUUGUCGUAAUCCAGAUUGGGACAGGAUAGUGUCCGGUUUCAUCCUGGAAGGGAAGGAUCCAGCUUGUCUCAAGUCCAACUCCUUGUGGGCCUUGGAGAAGCUACAGGCCUACCUGAGUGUAAUAAAAACUCUGCAGCCUCGUAUGGGAGAAGGAGCCAACCGUAUACUCAGCAGAUAUUACCAGGAGCAAAGACGGAUGGCAGCCCGCAAUACAGCUCGCACCACUGUACGACUGUUGGAAAGUCUAGUGAGACUAUCCCAGGCUCACGCCAAGCUGAUGUUCCGCUCAGAAGUGACCGUGUUGGAUGCAGUAGUCACUGUGGCUCUGAUGGAAUCAAGUAUGCAGAGUACGGCUCUGAUCAGUGAAAUAAACAUUCUACACACCAGCUUCCCGUCAGAUCCAAUAGACGAGUACUCUCACCAAGCCAAAAGAGAUUCAAACACCGCAAAAACUCCUGUGAAAUCUCCAACACCAAAAGGUGAAGGAGAUAAGUUAAGCUUGGAUGAAAAAGAAAGCGAAAGUGAUCACGAUUUUAAUAUUACAACUUACUGUGACUUGGAAAUCAGUAAAAGCUGUGAAAGUGAACCUGUUGAAGACAGCGAGGAUAAAGCUGAAGUGUCCGUGUGGCCUGUAGCGCUGUACACAUACAGACACGCACAGAGUAAAUGGUACAGUACAUGA